UUUCUUUCUCUCCUUCUCACUCUCUGGUCUUUGCCUCCGCAGCCGGCCGAGGGGGCGGGCCCUGCAGUCUUUGUUGCCCAAGGACCGUGCGCAGCCGCCCGCCGGACCAGAGUUCGGGCCCGGAACACCUAGAGCUGCACGCGGCUCGGGUAUGUCCUGAGCCGGACCCGGGACCCGGCAGCGAGUGGACGGGACGGACGAGAGCGUGCGCGUGGGGUCGCCCAGCGGCCGCCCGGCCCCGGCCAUGCUCGGUGGCCCGAGUCCCCGCAGCCCCACGCCGCUGCUGCGCCCCCUCCUCCUGCUCCUCAGCGCCCUGGCGCCCGGCGCCCACGGAUCCGCACCAGGGCACGCGGCCCAGGGUCGGGCGGCGCUGGACAUCGUGCACCCGGUGCGCGUGGACGCGGGAGGCUCCUUCCUGUCCUACGAGCUGUGGCCCCGCGCGCUGCGGAAGAGGGACGUGUCUGCGCGCCCCACCGCUCCCGCCUUCUACGAGCUGCAGUACCGAGGCCGCGAGCUGCGCUUCAACCUGACCGCCAACCCGCACUUGCUGGCGCCCGGCUUCGUGAGCGAGACGCGGCGGCGAGGCGGCCUGGGCCGAGCGCACAUCCGGGCCAGCGCCCCGGCCUGUCAUCUGCUCGGCGAGGUGCAGGAUCCCGAGCUCGAGGGCGGCCUGGCGGCCAUCAGCGCCUGUGACGGCCUGAAAGGUGUGUUCCAGCUUUCCAACGAGGACUACUUCAUUGAGCCCCUAGAUGGUGUCCCAGCUCGGACUGGCCGUCCCCAGCCCCAUGUGGUGUACAAGCGCCAAGCCCCUGAGACGCGAGCAGAGCAGGACGACUCCAGGGCUCCAGGCACCUGUGGGGUGGAAGGGUCCCCAGAGCUAGAGUUCCGGCGGGAGCGUUGGGAGCAGCGGCAGCAGUGGCAGCGGCCGAGGCGUCUACAGCAGCGCUCGGUGAGCAGAGAGAAGUGGGUGGAGACCUUGGUGGUGGCCGACCCCAAGAUGGUGGAGUACCACGGGCAGCCCAACGUCGAGAGCUACGUGCUGACCAUUAUGAACAUGGUGGCUGGCCUGUUCCAUGACCCCAGCAUCGGGAACCCCAUCCAUAUCACCAUCGUGCGCCUGAUCCUGUUGGAAGAUGAGGAGGAGGACCUAAAGAUCACUCACCAUGCAGACAAUACCCUGCGGAGCUUUUGCAAGUGGCAGAAAAGCAUCAACAUGAAAGGGGACGCUCACCCUCUGCACCAUGACACUGCCAUCCUGCUCACCAGGAAGGACCUGUGUGCGGCCAUGAACCGACCCUGCGAGACCCUGGGCCUGUCCCAUGUGGCGGGCAUGUGCCAGCCGCACCGCAGCUGCAACAUCAAUGAGGACACGGGCCUGCCCCUGGCCUUCACCGUGGCCCAUGAGCUUGGGCACAGUUUUGGCAUUCAGCAUGACGGAAGCGGCAAUGACUGUGAGCCCGUUGGGAAACGGCCUUUCAUCAUGUCUCCACAGCUCCUGUACGACGCUGCGCCUCUCACCUGGUCCCGCUGCAGCCGCCAGUACAUCACCAGGUUCCUCGACCGUGGGUGGGGCCUCUGCCUGGACGACUCUCCCGCCAAGGAUGUCAUCGACUUCCCCUCAGUGCCGCCUGGCGUCCUGUAUGAUGUGGGCCACCAGUGUCGCCUCCAGUACGGGGCCUACUCUGCCUUCUGCGAUGACAUGGAUAAUGUCUGCCACACACUCUGGUGCUCUGUGGGGACCACCUGUCACUCCAAGCUGGAUGCAGCCGUGGACGGUACCAGGUGUGGGGAGAGCAAGUGGUGUCUGAACGGGGAGUGUGUUCCUGUGGGCUUCCGGCCUGAGGCUGUGCACGGCGGCUGGUCUGGCUGGAGCGCCUGGUCCAUCUGCUCGCGGAGCUGCGGCGUGGGUGUGCAGAGUGCUGAGCGGCAGUGCACACAGCCUGCGCCCAAAUACAAGGGCAAAUACUGCGUGGGUGAGCGGAAGCGCUUCCGCCUCUGCAACCUGCAGGCCUGCCCCGCCGGUCGCCCCUCCUUCCGCCAAGUCCAGUGCAGCCACUUUGAUGCUAUGCUCUACAAGGGCCAGCUGCACACCUGGGUGCCCGUGGUCAAUGAUGUGAAUCCCUGUGAGCUGCACUGCCGGCCCUCGAACGAGUACUUUGCCGAGAAGCUGCGGGACGCCGUGAUCGACGGCACCCCCUGCUACCAGGGCCAGGCCAGCCGUGACCUCUGCAUCAAUGGCAUCUGCAAGAAUGUGGGCUGCGACUUCGAGAUCGACUCGGGAGCCGUUGAGGACCGCUGCGGCGUGUGCCACGGCAACGGCUCCACCUGCCACACCGUGAGCGGGACCUUCGAGGAGGCUGAGGGCCUGGGGUAUGUGGACGUGGGGCUGAUACCGGCCGGGGCUCGCGAGAUCCGCAUUGAGGAGGUGGCCGAGGCUGCCAACUUCCUGGCCCUGCGUGGCGAGGACCCGGAUAAGUACUUCCUCAACGGCGGGUGGACCAUCCAGUGGAACGGGGACUACCAGGUGGCAGGCACCACCUUCACGUACGCACGCACUGGCAACUGGGAGAACCUCACAUCCCCUGGUCCCACCGACGAGCCUGUCUGGAUCCAGCUCCUGUUCCAGGAGAGCAACCCCGGGGUGCGCUACGAGUACACCAUCCACAGGGAGGCGGACGGCCAUGGCCACAUCCAGCCGCCUGAAUUCUCCUGGCACUAUGGGCCCUGGACUAAGUGCACAGUCACCUGUGGCACAGGCAUGCAGCGGCAGAGCGUGCACUGCACAGAGCGGCAGGCAGGGCCCGUGGACGAGAGGCACUGUGACCCCCUGGACCGGCCCGACGACCGGCAGAGGAAGUGCAGCGAGGAGCCUUGCCCCGCCCGGUGGUGGGCAGGCGAGUGGCAGCUGUGCUCCCGCUCCUGCGGGCCUGGGGGGUUCUCCCGGCGGGCUGUGCUCUGCAUCCGCAGUGUGGGGCUGGAUGAGCAGAGCGCCCUGGAGCCUCCCGCCUGCGAACACCUACCCCGGCCCCCUGCUGAAACCCCUUGCAACCGUGAUGUGCCCUGUCCGGCCACUUGGGCCGUAGGGAACUGGUCUCAGUGUUCAGUGACGUGUGGGCCAGGCACUCAGCACCGAAGCAUCCUCUGCACCAAUGACACCGGUGUCCCCUGCGAUGAGGCCCAGCGGCCAGCAAGCGAGGCUGCCUGCCUUCUGCCACCCUGCCUGCAGGCCGUGGACACGCCGGGCCCUGAGGGCUCAGGCAGUGGCUCCUCCAGCCACGAGCUCUUCAAUGAGGUUGACUUCAUCCCUCGGCGCCCGGCCCCACGCCCUCUGCCCCCCUCACCCCCCGAGCCAGCUGGCAUGGGCAAUGCCAUCGGGGAGGAGGACCCCAAGAUGGGCCUGCCUGGGCCUGUGUUUGUGGAUGACUUCUACUAUGACUACAAUUUCAUUAACUUCCAUGAGGACUUGUCCUACGGAAUCUUCGAGGAGCCUGACACGGACCUGACAGGGGAUUGGAUGCCCCCACCCCUGAGCAGUCCUCCUGAGCCCCCCAAGCGCACCCCCGUGCCUGCCACAGAGCCUCCUGGGGCUGAGAAGGAGGGGGCUGUCCCCGGGCCCCGCUGGGCUGGUCACUCCCCUCCCCCGCCCUCAGAGCAGACCCCUGGGAACCCCCAGCUCAAUUUCUUGUCUGAGGAGGAUGCCCCCAUUGGAGCCCCGGACCCUGGCCUCCCCAGCUUGCUUUGGCCCCCAACUCCAGUCAGCCUGGAGACGCCCGUGCCCCCUGGCAGCCAGACCAGCUUCCCCGGAGGGGAGUACAGCCAGGGCCAGCCACCCCUGCCCCCACCCCGGGGGGAGAGGACCAAUGAGGUUUCCGAGGAUGAUGAUGAAGCCACAGGCCACAAAGCACCGUACCUGCCCCAGAAGCCCAGCCCCACGUCGCCCUCUUUGCCCUCCAUCAGCACCACCCACUCUUCAGGUCCCAACAUGGUAGAGCUGUGGACAGGCAAGGUUGUGGCCUGGGACCCAGCCCUGGACAGUGGCCUGGGGCCCCAACCUCCUCCCACAGCCGCUCUGCCAGACACAUGGGGCACGGACAGCCCCCUGGAGCCAGGGAGUCCCACCCUUUCAACCCAGAGAAUGGCUCUACAAGAUCUGCAGACAGGGGCAGUGCCAGGAAUUUUCCUUCGGACGGCCUUAACUGGCCUAGGAAACACACCUUGGGUGACUGCCCUUAGCCCAGGACCCGUGGGCCAGCCUGAGUCCCCCAACUCUGAUGAGUCCCCAGGCCCUGUGCUCCUGUCCAUACCAGCUCAGGACAGUCUGGCCAACAGCAGCAGAGCCCCUGCCCCGCUGGUCCCCAGCCCGACUGAGGCGGAGGCCCCUGUGUACCUGCCAGCCGCCAGGAAUGCCAGCUGGGAAGUAGGAAACUGGAGCGAGUGCUCCACCACGUGUGGCCUGGGUGCCGUCUGGAGGCCCGUGCGCUGUAGCUCCGGCCGGGAGGAGGACUGCAUCCCCGCUGGCCGGCCCCAGCCUGCCCGCCGCUGCCACCUGCGGCCCUGUGCUGCCUGGCAUACAGGCAACUGGAGCAAGUGCUCCCGCAGCUGUGGCGGGGGUUCUUCCACGCGGGACGUGCAGUGCGUGGACACGCGGGACUUCCGGCCACUGCGGCCCUUCCACUGCCAGCUGGGGCCUGCCAAGCCGCCUGCCCGCCGGCCCUGUGGGGCCCAGCCCUGCCUCAGCUGGUACACCUCUUCCUGGAGGGAGUGUUCUGAGGCCUGCGGCGGGGGCGAGCAGCAGCGUUUGGUCACCUGCCCAGAGCCGGGCCUCUGCGAGGAAGCGCUAAGACCCAACAGCACACGACCCUGCAACACCCACCCCUGCACACAGUGGGUGGUGGGGCCCUGGGGCCAGUGCUCAGCCCCCUGCGGUGGCGGCGUCCAGCGGCGCCUGGUCAAGUGCGUUAACACCCAGAGUGGGCUGCCCGAGGAAGACAGUGACCAGUGCGGCCACGAGGCCUGGCCCGAGAGCUCCCGACCUUGUGGCAUCCAGGACUGCGAGCUCACAGAGCUGCCACGCUGUGAGCGCGAUCGCCUGUCGUUUGGUUUCUGCGAGACUCUGCGCCUGCUGGGCCGCUGCCAGCUGCCCACCGUCCGCUCCCAGUGCUGUCGCUCCUGCCCCCCGCCUGGCCAUGGCGCCCCCUCCCGUGGCCAUCAGCGGGUCGCCCGCCGCUGACCCACGGCCCAGCCCAGCCAGGAUUCCCAGAUCGACAGACACACGGACCUCAGUGCCCAGCACGGGCCGCGGCGGAGCCCCUGUCCCUCGCGCCCUCAUGGUGCUAACCCGCCCCUGCCAGCAGCAGGCUGGGGACCCCUCCCCUCAGAAAAGGUAUUUUUUUAUUCUAACAGUUUGUGUAACAAUUUAUUAUUAUAUUAUUAUUAUACAUAAACGAGCAUCUACUGUUUUGAA